AUGGAGCUGGCGGUGGCCCUCUCCAAGUACGUGGGCGAGGACGACCCGCUGCCCCUCAUCUCAGAGUUUGUCAGCGGCUACGCGGUCAACGGGCAGCUGAAUGACACCGAGGUCGACAUACUGCCAGACCUCAUCAACCUCCGAAUCUUCUCCAACGUGAUCUACUUCACAGGCCGCGCCUACGCGGGUGAGGACGGCCUGGAGAGCCUCACCAGCAGGGCGGGCUCCUACGCCAAGCGCGUGAAGUGGGUCAACGCCAACAGGCAGGCUGUGGUCGACACAAUCAAGGCCCUCGUGCGGACGCCCGUGACAGUGGCUGCGUGA